CUUUCAUUUUCUUUUGAUUCUUCUUUCUCUGUCGCGUAUUCUUCCCACCAGAUCAGAAGAAGAAACCAAAAGAAAUUGAAAGAAGGAGUUCAGAAAUUUGCAGGGGGCGAUCUCUGGAGAUGAAUUGAGGAAAAAGUUUUGAAUUUUUUCCUCCAAUUCGAGGAGUGGGCUUUUGUGAUAAUGAUGGAAAUCGAUAGCAUUGAGUGCGUAUCCUCAUCGGACGGCAUGGAAGACGAGGAGAUCGCGUCGUCUCAUCACCCGCAUCCGCACCAUCAGCAAUACAAUUCUUCCGCCAAGCCUCACAGUAAGAUUUUGCCUGCCGGAAUUGGCCCCACAAGUGUCCAUGAAUUGCUCGAAUGCCCUGUCUGCACAAAUUCUAUGUACCCUCCCAUUCAUCAGUGUCACAACGGGCACACCCUCUGUUCGACCUGUAAAACAAGGGUGCACAACAGGUGUCCUACUUGCAGACAAGAGCUUGGUGAUAUUCGGUGCUUAGCACUAGAGAAGGUUGCAGAGUCUCUUGAACUGCCUUGCAGAUAUUAUUCGUUGGGAUGCCCAGAAAUAUUUCCAUAUUAUAGCAAACUUAAACAUGAGACAGGCUGCAAUUUUAGACCAUAUAACUGCCCAUAUGCUGGAUCAGAGUGCUCGGUCACUGGGGACAUACCUUAUCUGGUUACUCAUUUAAGGGAUGACCACAAGGUUGACAUGCACACCGGAUGCACAUUUAACCAUCGAUAUGUCAAGUCCAACCCUCGUGAAGUAGAAAACGCCACAUGGAUGCUGACUGUCUUCCAUUGUUUUGGUCAGUACUUCUGCCUGCACUUUGAGGCCUUCCAGCUUGGCAUGGCCCCUGUUUACAUGGCUUUUCUCCGGUUUAUGGGUGAUGAAACCGAGGCACGUAAUUACAGCUACAGUCUGGAGGUAGGAGCAAAUGGUAGAAAGCUGAUAUGGGAGGGCACUCCAAGAAGUGUUCGGGAUAGCCAUCGCAAGGUCAGGGACAGUCACGAUGGCCUUAUUAUUCAACGUAACAUGGCACUUUUCUUUUCUGGCGGGGACAGGAAAGAGCUGAAACUUCGAGUUACAGGGAGGAUAUGGAAGGAGCAACAGAACCCAGAUGCUGGAGUGUGCAUACCAAAUCUCUGUACCUAAUUUGCAUUCAAUUUUUGGAGUAACUGUUUUCUCUACCCUCAUUAAUGUGCAUGUGUGUAUCUCUCUACUCUUUAUCUUGUGCUCUGUACCUUAGAGUAAAGUUCUGCUGUCAAUGUAUAGGAGGCUGCAUAUCUGCCAUUGCUGAACUGAAGCUCUAGUUCUAUCAAUUUUCUGAGAAAACCCUUUUUCUGUAUGACAACAAUUUCUGAAUGCAAUGGAAGAAACAAGAGUUUGGGGCAUCU